AUGGCGGUUGAUCUCGUCGAGGAUGAUUUUCGUCUCCGGGUUCAUGAUUCCCAGGCGGUGCUGUCGUCAGACGUAGCAGAUGGGCCGAUAACACCGUGGGCCGAUAACACCGUGGCGGCCAGGGCCGGCGCGGUCACGUUCAGCGCAACGAACGCCGCGUCGAGCACAGUGGGCGGCAAGCGGUUCGGCCGGGAUGUCGGCGUCGCAUACUCGAGGCGAGUGCUCUCGGACGCCGCCUCCUUUUGCUGGAACACCUUCAACCAGCCCAGCCCUGCCGACCGCAAGCCCGUCGACGCGGUGACCCUCGUCGUCGAGGACAUCGGCGGCGUGGCCUUCACGAGCGCCAACGGGGUCCACCUCAGCGCCCAGUACGUCGGCAACUACUCCGGGGAUGUGAAAACAGAGGCGACUGGGGUGCUGUACCACGAGGUAACGCACGUGUGGCAGUGGGACGGGCAGGGGCAGGCGAACGGCGGCCUCAUCGAGGGCGUCGCCGACUACGUCCGGCUGAAGGCAGGGUAUGCGCCGGGGCACUGGGUGAAGCCGGGGCAGGGAGACCGGUGGGAUCAGGGGUACGACAUCACGGCGAGGUUCCUGGACUACUGCGACUCGCUGAAGCCGGGCUUCGUCGCGCUGCUCAACGCCAAGAUGAAGGACGGCUACUCCGACGAUUUCUUCGCGCAGAUUCUUGGGAAGAAUGUGCAGCGGCUGUGGCAGGAUUACAAGGCCAAGUACGGAGGCUGA